CUCCAAAACAUCCGGAGCGUUGUUCGCUCUUGUGUAACGCAAGAAUGAAAGGUUGGAUAACAACAGAAUGACAGAGACCAUGAACAGAAGUCACUUUUUACUUUUUAAAAAUAUGUAAACAUAUAAACAAUUAUACUAUUGUUUUAAACAACAGAAGAAACCAUGGCCAAAAGGAAAGACUGCGCGGAAAAACAAGUUGUUCCCAAGAAAGCUAAGCAUUUGCUAAAGACGAAGAACAGCGCAUCUAAAGCAGCGAAGAAAAGAGAAGCAGAAAAUGUUGUUACCGUGAAAAAAGAAGAGGAAGAAGAGAAACUUGUGAGGAGGAUUCAAACAAAAUCCCAGUCUGUGACCUCGAAACCAACAGCAGGGUCCAACACCUUAAAAUCCACCAGUGCUACUACUGUUAACACUAGUCAGUACUUCCAGUCAGCAGUGAAGGAUGAGGAGGAUGACAGUGAAGACGACUUUGACAUGGUGACCUCACCAGCAUCUAAGCUAGCUGCUCGCACCAAGAGAGUAGAAAAAGAUAAGGAAGAGGAAGACGAUGACAGCGAUGAAGACGAUGACAGCGAUGAAGAAGAGGACGACUGGGAGGAAGUGGAAGAACUUGAUGAACCAUUGGGUCCAGUGGAAGCAGCAGAACCCGAUCUGCCAACUCAGGCUGUGGAGAUAGAGAUCGAGACGGUAGAAGUCAAGAAAAAGAAAAAAAGGCAGGCGGAGUAUGAGACCUAUAUGAGGAGGAUGAUAAACAGAUACAAGAAAGACCUGCUGAUGGACACACACAAGGUUCACCUCAUGUGCCUGAUCGGCAGUGGGAUGUUUCGUAACCGUCUGUGCAGUGAACCCGACCUCCUGGCCAUCUCCCUGUCACUGCUGCCCGCCCACUUUGGCAAGGUUGCAAAGGAACGCAUUGACCAAAACUACCUCUCUGGAUUACUUAAAUGGUUUAGAGCUACGUUCACCCUCAAUCCUAGUCUUCCUUAUGAGGAACGUCCAGAUCCACAGGCUCUUCUGGAGAGAAGGCUAGCUAGUCUUUCUGCAAGGAAUCACCAGGAAAUGACCCAUUUAUUUCUGCUGUUCCUGAGAUCCCUGUUGCUCUCCUGUAGAUUGGUUCUGUCCCUGCAGCCAGUGUCUUUUAAACCUCCAUCAGCAAAGGCCAAGGGAGGAGGAAAAUCGGCCGGUGACUCAGGAAAAAGUCCCAAAAAUAAAGAAACCUCCAGAACGACUACUGAGCAAAAAGUCUCACCUGGCACCAAGAGAGCAGCUAAAUCCAAGGGAGACCAUGGAGGCAAAAAAGCAAAAAGAGAAGACACAAAAGAGAAGGAGGAGAAGACUGUCAAGCCAGGAGGACAGAGACCAAAGAACUCAAAACGUCGUAGUGUUGCCUCAAAGGUCAGCUACAAGGAGGAAAGCAACAGCGAGGCAGAAGAGAGGCUCAGUGACGAGGAGGAAUUUCAGGUAACCAGUGAAGAGGACAGUGAUGAUUUUGAGAGUGAGGCUAAAUCAUCAAAAAAUGGAAAAGCAAAAAGCAAAGUGAAAAAUAACAGGAAAACUGCUGCUACAGAAAAAAACGUAAAGGAAAAACUGGUUAAAGAAAAAGAAGAGGAAGAGGGAAAUGAAGGAGGAGAAGCAUCAAAGAGACGUAGUGGGAAAAAGACAGGAUCUGGAGCAGACGAGUGGCUGGAGGUGUAUCUGGACAAAACUGCCUCCUGGGUGUGUGUGGACGUUGAACACGGGGUGGGUGUACCUAAGCUCUGCUCCCAAAAUGCAACUGCCCCCGUGACAUAUGUAGUGUCAGUAGACGGCGAUGGGUUUUUGAAGGACCUGGGGAAGAAGUAUGACCCAACCUGGAUGACGUCAUCGAGAAAACGGCGGGUGGAUGAUGAGUGGUGGGAGGAGACACUGGCACCUUUUUUAGGACCUGAGGAUGAAAGAGACAAGAAGGAGGAAAAAGAGCUUCAGAAUAGGCUGCUGAACAAACCACUGCCCAUCUCCAUAGCUGAGUACAAGAACCAUCCUCUGUAUGCCUUGAAGAGACACCUGCUGAAGUAUGAAGCCAUUUACCCUUCAACAGCCACAGUGCUUGGAUACUGCAGAGGAGAGCCAGUGUACUCCAGAGACUGUGUGCAGACCCUACACUCCAGAGACACAUGGUUGAAGGAGGCGCGGACCGUCAGACUAGGAGAAGAGCCCUACAAAAUGGUGAAGGGCUUCUCUAAUCGUUCCCGUAAGGCCAGGAUCAUGUCUGACACGAAAAAUGAAAAUGAUCUUGCCCUGUUUGGAGAAUGGCAAACGGAAGAGUAUCAACCACCUAUUGCUGUGGACGGGAAGGUUCCCCGUAAUGAAUACGGUAACGUGUAUCUGUUCAAGCCCUGUAUGUUACCAGUGGGCUGUGUUCACCUCAGACUGCCAAACCUGCACCGUGUGGCCAGGAAACUGGACCUAGAAGCUGCUCCUGCUGUCACAGGAUUUGACUUCCACGGUGGAUACUCGCAUGCUGUGACUGAUGGAUAUAUUGUGUGUGAGGAGCAUGAGGAGAUUCUCAGAGCAGCAUGGAGUGAAGACCAAGAGUUUCAGAAGCAAAAGGAAAAAGAGAAAAAAGAAAAGAGAGCUUUCUCAAACUGGAAACUGCUGGUAAAAGGACUACUGAUAAGGGAGAGGCUUAAAAAGCGCUACAGCAAGAAGAAUCUAGGUCUUGUGCAUCAUGGAGACAAUGAUGUUGGCCUUUCAUCUGAUGAGGAAGAGGUUGACAGUAAAAGUUCUCCAACUAAAACUGCAUCUGAAACCUUGGCCAUGUCGUGGCCUCAAAACAGACAAACAGAGGUGGGUAGCGGGAACUCUAGUGGACAGAAGAAGAACUCAACCACAAAACGAGAGAAGAAAGGCCAGGAGAGACAUUUGUUUCCAUUUGAAAAGGCGUAACGUUAGAGAUGAAACAAAAGUAAUAGAACCUGCCUUCAGCUCUUCAAUUAUUGUACAGCAGGAAAAGCUUCUUCAUGUAGCGAUCCAAUAAGAUGAUUUUGGGCUUUCAUACCUGUACAGUUGUUGUUUGUUGUGAAUAUGAAUGUUGUUUUGUAUUACAGCAUCAUGCCUUAACUCUAUUGUAACUGAUACUAAUCAUUUAUCACUUAUUAAUCAGAUGUCAACUAAGUUUUCAUACAGAACAGCUGAUGCUGGGGUAGUUAGCGAUUUUUGUAUGAAAAAGAUUUUUGUAAAAAAUAAAAAUAAAUAAAAUGUAUAUACAAGAGAAAGCAGAA